CCACUGUCUUGUGGCCUGGCUCAGGUGUGCAAACACAGGGUUUGACCGAGGCAGCGGCUGCCUGGUUUGUAGAGUUUCUUGGUUUCUGGAGCACUUUAGAGCACUCAGCGGCUCUUCUGCCCAUAACAAAACGUCCAUAGGGACCUGUCCCCAGACUCACCUUUUCUAUGAAAUUUGGGAUGAGUUACUUCAGACUCUGCAAAACUGCAAAUAGACAAAGCUGAUAGCUCUAUGGCAGAGCUGGGGACUGUCACACAGAUGGACACCUGGGUAUUUACGACUGGAUGCUUGCAUGUGGUUUCCUGUGUUGCAAGGAGUAAAUGAUACAGAAAUGAAUGCACUUGCCAGUUGUUUUGUAGAAGGUAAUAAAAUAGAGAGGUACUGCUGAGUACAGAAUUACUACUGCAUAGGCAGUGAAUCCUGUAUAAAAGGUUUGUGGAUUUUGUUUGUUUGUAUGGGGUUUUUAGCUUUUAGUUUUUUAAAUAAUGAGUAUCCUAAAGAUUUACUAUUUAUUACCACAAGAAUGUUGGAAACAAUAAAUGUAAUAAGAUCUUACCUUUACCGAUAUUUUUUCCCUUAUGGUGCACCAAUAUAGUGUGACCAGUCCCCACCAGUUUGCUGGGUACCACUUAGGGUGUGCAGUGUAAGUGGCACUUGCUGUCAGUCUUCAGCAUGGCCAAAAUCCAAAUGAGAGAUUUGAGGUCUAAUCUCACAAACCCUUCCUUGCAUGAAGCAUCUCAUUUGCUUUGGGUAAACAAACCAGUGUAAAACUUGCUUAUAGGAACCUGUGUCAGCAUGCAGAGUGAAGGGUUCUUUAGCGCAAGUAAUAUUUGCUGCCAUUGAACAACCUGCCCUUGUUUCAAAUGGGAGUAGUUCUGGGUCCUGACCCGGGGGCAGGAGGGUUCAGCUUCAGCUAAUCCUGGCUGCCUGAAGUUUAUUUUUAGUUCAGAAUUAGCUGAGGUUCAAUGUGAGCAGCGUGAGGGAGCCUAGACCGGUUCACAGUGCCUCUUUCAGGGAACGACUUCAGAUGGUAUGGGAAAGAAACAAGUGUGCCCGCCUCGUGCCCUUCCUCCAGUGCCAAGUGGAAGCCAAGAUGAAAUUCCACUCAGUCGUCCCAAAAAAAGGAAACCCAAAGGAAAGACUCCAUUAGAUGGCAUUGUGCAAGCAGCAGUUCGUCGGCAGUCUGAAAGCAGCGAGCCCCUGACCCCUGAACCUCCUGAUGCCCCUCCUCAGAGGAAACGCAAGAAGAAGAAAGUACCUACUGAUUCUGAGACCUCUUUUACCCAGCAGAAUGUGGCAUCCCUAUUUCAGAAUGGAAAUGGCAUGGAUGUCCCUGAAGCUGAAGAAACGGUGAUCCGCAAGCAGAGAAAAAGAGCAAAGAAACCUCGGCCAGCCGAAGUGAGCUCCAAUGAGCUGGAAGUGGAGGAGGAAGACAUCAUUGAAGAUGAGCACAGAAAGAGCCCAGAUCAGCAGCCUGUGUUUGCUGCUCCCACGGGAAUUAGUCAGCCUGUUGGCAAAGUGUUUGUUGAAAAAAAUCGGCGUUUUCAUGCAGCUGACCGUGCAGAGUUGAUUAAAACCACUGAAAAUAUCAAUGUACUUUUGGACGUGAAGGCUUCGUGGACUACUAGAGAUGUUGCCCUCUCAGUGCACCGAAGUUUCAGGGUGUUUGGCCUCUUCAGCCAUGGCUUCCUUGCUGGUUAUGCUGUAUGGAACAUAGUGGUUAUCUACAUUUUGGGAGGAAAUGAGCUUUCCAUGGUUUCUAACUUGCUUGAGCAGUACAAGACAAUAGCAUACCCAGCUCAAAGUUUGUUCUAUUUUUUGCUGUCUAUCAGUACAGUCUCAGCCUUUGACAGGAUUGAUCUAGCAAAAGCAUCAGUUGCACUGAGGGGCUUUCUUACCCUAGACCCAGCAGCACUAGCUUCUUUCUUGUACUUCGCUGCUCUUAUCUUAUCCUUAAGCCAGCAGAUGACAUGUGACAGAAUCCACCUCUACACGCCACCUUCGGAAAAUGGCAGUAUCUGGACUGCAGGUACAGAGGCAGAAAUUGUUCAUUCAUGGGUUGUGGUGAAUCUCGUAGUGUCUGUUCUAGUUGGGACAAGUUGGAUCUUCUUAAGUUCCCGACCAGAGCUAGACCACAGUGAAGAAUUGAUGUUUCAUUCUGAAAUUGAGGAAUUUCCUCACGGAGAUGUCAUACCCAGAGUCCAGCCAUAAGUGUGGAACAGGAAUCUGCAUAUAUUGUAGCUGUGACUGACGGCUCAACAUGUUGUGUAUUAUAGCUAUGUAUUAUAAUUUUCAUAAAGAAAAAACGUAUUUUUAUAUUGUAUAUAUUUAAUGUUGAUAUUUUUAUGUAUGUUAUAGUUUCCAAACGUGAUUGAAAACUUUUAUACUUUUGCUUUUUAUUUUACAAAGCAGAUUAUCCCUAGUGCAUAAAGUCAAGGUGAUUUUGUAAGUACUGCUACCUACAUAGCCAAAGACACUAGAGGGAUGCAGAUCAGCUGUUCAAGUGCUUUUUUGACUGCUGUACAGUCUUCAACAACCUGCUUUUGUUACUAAUGCAAACAGCAGUUAGCUUAUCUGAUUUGGUUAAACAUUUUCUAGAGAUUAAAAAAAAAAUCUGACAACAAAAGUAGCCCAGGAAAAAUUUAUAACAAAACAGAGUUAGGAAACAUAAACCCCACCAAGUUAGUAAUCUUAAAAUAAUCUACAUUUAUUUGUCAUAAAAUAUUUUUCUAGAAUAAAAGAUUGACAGGGAUUUUUUAAAUAAUCCAUGAAAGAGGAUUACUAAAAUCCACUUUUUUAAUCUUCAUUUAGUUCUCUGGACAAAAAUCCUGAUGACAACAAGUUCUUACAGGCUGAUGUAGAUAAAAGACAAAGAAGUUUUAAUAUUGCAACAGUUUGGUCAGUUAAAUACAUCUUCUCAUCAAACAGGGUGUUUUUUGUGCUGCCAACAGGAUGUAUCCAUGUCUUGUAAUUUCUCAACAGCCAGGAAGUGUAACUAUUCCGAGGCCACUCACAAGAACAGUGUUCUGAUUUCUCCUUAUCUGGUAUGGCAAGAGCAAUCAUUUUAUUCACUGCUCUUUCUAAACAAACUUGGAUUUCAUAGAUAUUAAAAAUGUUCCUACCUAUUCUGAUGGAGAUUGUUUUCUGCCAAAUUGUUGUUUUGUGUUAGGAUAGAAUGGGAAACUUCUUCCUAAAAUUCCAAGAAAAUGCUUAUUAAAUCAACCCAAAAAGUCUGCAGCAACCCACCUUCUAUGCAGUGACAUAGUAGUAAUUGUGGCAGGCAAUGGGUUUUGCUGACAAGAUUCAUCCUUUUCCUUUAUAUUCAAGUGACAAGAUGAAAGCAUUGCAGAUGUGAAUAAAUACAGAUAUAUUGCAGGAAGAAACAAUCUCCUUAGUAAACACAGAGAAGGUCUAGUUUGAAAACCGUUUAUCAAGAAAAUAUCACCUAAAGCCCAAAACUUGUUUGUAUAUGUUACUUAAUGUAUAUUGAUUUUGCCUUGUUUGUUUAAUAUGUGUGUCUAUGGGUGGUUGUAAAAGGGGUGCACUUGUCAAAGUUCACUGAAGAAUUAUUGAACUUUUUAGUAGUGAAGUUAAGAGUAGCCAGAUAAGACUUGAAAGGAAAUGUCAAAGAGCUUUCUGUGCUAACUUUGUGCUGUUACCUGAGUUGCUUCAAAACAAACAUGGGACUGUGACCAGGGCUGUUGCUGCCCUGUUGAGGACUUGUGUUCUCUUGUGUCCAUUCAGCAAAUUUAAGUUAUUCAAAAAUUCAGUGUUCGUGACAUCUUUUAAAUGCUGUGGUAAUCUUGGCAGGGGGGAAAAAUACUACAAGGAAGAAUUCCACAGCUGUUUUCUGCAUUCUGAGGCAUUUACUUUGCUGUGGGAAGGAGCCCUUGGCCUCUUUUGUAAACUGUUGUGGCUCCUGUGUCUGUAUUUUUGUAAAACUAGAGGUAAAUAUGGCUGGCACUGCGUUGUACAUUAAAAGUGAGAGAUUUGGGGUGCUGAUCUCCUUCAGUUGUGCACCGGAUGUUCUUGCCAUGAUUUAUUUGGCUGCAGAGGAUGAGGGAUGAGACAGGAAGUGUUCCUGUGCAGUUUGCCACCACACUUUCUGCUGAUGUUGAGUGUUUGCUUGCAGAGUCACUUACCUCCUGAAGAUGAGAUUAUUAAUGGCUUGGCCACAUGAUUCUUCUUUCAUCUUGGUAUGGUCAGAAGUAUAAAUUUGCCCAUAAAAUAUGGAGCUCAGCAGAAGUGUGCUAAGGCAUCACAUCAGUACAGGAAAAGCUUGGAUAACAUCAUUGCUUGAUUUCUGACAUUAACACUAGGAAUUGGCCUUCCAACUAUCCCUUAGACAAAGUGAUGCCAGCCAAGAGCCAGAUUCAUUCUUAUUGUGAAAUAUAAUAGGUUUUUUUUAUGGUUGAGCAGGGAUUGAAUUAAUGAACUUAAUGUAAUCAGUAUUUCAAGCCAGGCUUGCCUUUCCAAUGUAUAUUUUUAGGAGGCUCUGAAUAUAUCCAUAUUUAAACAAUGAGUAUUGAGGUUGCCAUAUAAAAAGCACAAUAAACAGUUUGAUGGCUAAUAUCUAUUUUACAAAAUACUUUUCAUUCCAUUAAGCUUCACAGUGGAAUAUGAGUUUAAGUGAGCUUUUUUCUUAGUUUCUUGUAAAGUAUUAGAACAAGUUUAUAAAAUAGAUGUUUAAUUCUAGAACCUGCAAUAAUUGUAGAAGCCUUAACUGAAAUGCCUUUGUGCAUUUCCAUAUCAUUGUUUUUAAUGUAUUUGUGUUAAUGAAAAGAAGUUUUCAGACAUGUUGGUGCCAAGUUCUUGUUUUUACAUAUAUGAAACAUAUAUUAAACAAUUGCUGUAAACUA